GAGAGACAAAUGCAUCGAGGACAGGUCAACUCAUUGUUCUACCGAAUUCAUUUACUGGGAGUGCACGUUACAUGCUGCAAAACUAUCAAGAUGCUAUGGCUAUAUGCAGAUGGGCUGGAUACCCACAAUUAUUUAUUACAUUCACGUGUAACCCAAAGUGGCCAGAAAUUCUCCGUUUUGUGGAACCAAGAGGACUGAGUCCUGAUGAUAGACCUGAUAUACUUUCUAGGAUAUUUAAAAUGAAACUCGAUCUACUCAUCAAGGAUUUGAAACAAAAUAAGAUGUUUGGCCACGUGCGGGCAGUUGUGUACACCGUAGAGUUUCAAAAGCGUGGAUUGCCGCAUGCGCAUAUCGUUGUAUGGAUUUCACAAAGGCAGAGGAAUGUAUUUUCCUCAGAUAUAGACAAAAUAAUAUCUGCAGAGAUACCUGAUGAAAAUUUUGAUCCCGCUUACUAUAAUGCAGUCAAAGAAUUGAUGAUUCAUGGGCCAUGUGGACUGAUGAACAUGUCUUCACCAUGUAUGGAUAAAGGGCAUUGCACGAAGCAUUUUCCUAAAAAAAAUUCCCAACGGACGACCAUUGAUAAGAGUGGUUACCCAAAAUACAGGAGGAGAAACAAUGGAAGGUCUGUUGAGAAAAAUGGCCAUCAUAUGGACAAUAGAUAUGUUAUCCCACAUAAUCGUACUUUGCUUCUCAAGUAUGGAGCACACAUCAAUGUGGAGUGGUGUAAUCAAUCACGAUCAGUCAAGUAUCUCUUCAAGUAUAUAAAUAAAGGCGAUGAUCGGAUAACUGUUGCAUUUUCAGAAGCUACUGACAGCACCAAACCACAAAAUAUCGAUGAGAUCAAGAUGUACUAUGACUGUCGGUACAUCUCCGCUUGUGAAGCUGCAUGGAGAAUUUUUUCAUACCAUAUCCAUUACAGGGAUGUUCC